GACAAAUUUUCAAGAUGGCGGACGAGGUGAGAUGGUGACAAUAAAAUAUUUUGGUAGAAUUAAGUUGUACCUUGAGUUCAAAUCUGAUUAUUUUUGCUGUAACCUCUAGGCGGAAGGGAAGCACAAAAAGAAGAUGAAAAAGAAAGGUGUGUCUGUCGCUGUUGUUGAUAUUGUUUUUUUUUAUCAGGUGGCAUUGUCAAGGAGUCUGAAUAUACGGUUAACAUAAUAGCGUGUUUUACCAUGGUAAAUUUAACUUACGUGUAACUUUAAGCUUUCAUGCUACACCACCAUCCAUACUUUCGAAAAUCGAUAUUUAAUCGUUAGCUCAGAAAUUGUAGUCUAUCUUCUUUGAACGCCAUCGUUUUGAUGAAACUUGGCGUUGUAGUAGAAGUUAUACCGUCUAUUGUUGUAUUUCUUUGAUAAAACUGUCUUCUUAAGUUUAAAAUUAACUUUGUGGUAAUUCUUAAUUUCAGCAAAACACAAGCUUGAGAAGAGGAAGAGGGAUUCAUCCCUAGAACAAGAAAACACUGUAGAGUCAAAGAUACAUAAGAUAGAUGCCAAUGGCACCACGUCUACAGGUCAGAAAAGAGCUCAUGUCAUACAGAUUCACAAGAUAGAGGAGGGAAUUUCUUUGGCAAGGUGGAUAUAUUGUUGUACUCUGGAUCAAAAGGUCUGGGUUUGAGGGCUGCCAGGGUCAUUUGUGUUGCUGCUGUGAAUUUUUUUUUUUUUUUUUUUUUUUUUUGGGGGGGGGGUGUGACAAUGUAAAUCAUACUUUGAAUUCACAGUGCCUCUCCCCACUAAGCAGUAUAAAUACCUCUUACUAACCUAGUUUCCUCAAUUCUUUGAGUAAGUUAAGGAACCUCAUUUUUUUUCCACUCAGAUUUGUAGCCUAGGUGGGAUGAACACCAGCCAUAAAUCAGGGUGGAAAAAAUGAGCUUUUCUAAUUUACUAUACUGACUGAGGAAAUAAGGUUAGUAGGGUGUUUAUUAUACCUCUGGGUUCAAAUAAAGGGGAAACAGUACAACUCAAACAAAAUUUUGAAUUUGGCAGGCCAUACAAUGAAAUGGGACCCACUAAUCAUAGCACACAUACCGGUACACAUACUGAGAGACAAGACCAAUUGAUACUAAAAUACUACAAGAGAAACUAGAUAAAUUGGAUCAAUAUCAGUAUCUGGGCAACUGCCCACCUACCCCUCCCCGAACUCAACAACAGUCAAUUGAUAACAAGUCAGGGUUAAUGUUGGGUUAGGGGAGGGGUAGGUGGGCAGUUGCCCAGAUACUGAUAUUGAUCUGAUAAAUCACUGGGGUUGCUUGCAAUGAUCUAACAACUGUAAUACACCUUUUUUUUAAAGCUUCCACCUCUAAUCCUCAGACCCCUAAGAGAGAUUAGCUUCUAAUUUCUACUUAAAUAUCACCCCUAAAUCACACAUUAUGAGCAUGAGAAUAACAGAAAUAAUCACCAAUUAAAAGAGCUCUUGAUUUCUAAACAAAUAUUCCUUGUAAGCACCUUAGAAAAUGUAAAGAGAACAGUAUGAAGAAUAUGCAUACUGAUGUUGGGGUGUAAAAAAGGUUAAAAGCUUCUAGUUGAGACAGAUUUCUCUUGCAAAAAGCAAGACAGAGCACUGCAAUAUCUCCUUUGAACAACUGUAAUAUUCACCCAGGUGCUACAGAAAGUGGGAUAACUGCAAAAGCAAUAGGCUACCAGGCUUUUCACUCUUAACCCUUGAACCCCUAACAGUGACUACCAUCUGCUUUCUCCUUUUAAUAUCACCCCUGAAUUAUAUAUGUUAAGAUCAUGAGAAUAAAUGAAAUGAUCACCAACUAAAGAAACUCUUGAUUAUUGAACUAAUUCUCCUUGUCAGCAUCUUUGGGAAAUGUAUAAAGAGCAUUUUGGAGAUUAUUCAUACUGAUGUUAGGAUGUAAAGGGUUAACCUACUCUGAGAGAUUCUCAACUGAAUGCUUGGAAAUCUCCUACUCUCACAAGAUGUAAAUCUGCUUGAUUGGUACAGGGCGUGAAUUUAAUUUUUUUUUUCUGAUAGCCACUUGGCUCCUGAAUUAUUCAGAGUGGUAGCCAAUUAAAAAAAAAGUUGGUUGUCAUUUUCAAAGACAGCAUACAACAUUCAAGCUCACCUAAAUCCAAGAUGGUAUCUAGUUAUCAAUCAAGAUGCAUGUGCUGUGUUUUGGAAACAAACUUAACGAGGAAGUUUGCCAUAGAUUUACCUUUGCAAAUCUUUUUAAUUCACUAUAUCUCUUUGUAAGGUUAUGAUGAAACAUUCUAGUCACCAAUUUGGUGACUAAUUUUCAGGAUUUGGUCACCAAAGUGAAAAAUUUAGCCGCCCUGUGGUGUCACACUCACUUUUGAUCGGAAACCUGAUAGCACUCAUAGUGAUACAGCUGGUUCUCUGUCUAAGGUUUUUUAAAAGCUUUUGUUGAAUGUCCUUCAGGUCGUCACUUUACUGUCAGUCUUGCCCUCCCAGGCUCUAUUCUGGAUAACGCACAAUCACCAGAAUUGAGGACAUACUUAGCAGGCCAGGUAUGGUUAAAGGAUAUAUUGUGCAUUUAGUAGAAGACUCCAUUAAUUUGAUUGUAAGAGGUAAAAUUUACAAAUGUAAAGAUACAAUUGCAAGUGUCAAAUGAAUCUAGACAAAAGUAAUUAUUAUUGUAUGACAAAGUCCAGAUCUCUACUUGAAAUGAACAAUAUGACUGUUUAGAUUGUUUUUUGCCAAUGCAGUGUAAGUUUGCAAUGACUUUGUGUGAAGAAAGACUGCAUGUAAAGGUUACAUGUAAAUUGCAACUGACCUUCAUAAAUGAUCCAAAUUUUGUUCACUCUAACAAUGGAGUAUAAGAAGGCUUACAACUAUCCUGACUACUCCUUUACAAGCUUUUUAAAACAUAAUUUCUUGUCUCAGACACUAGAUAUUUAUGGUAUACAAGCUGACACAAAAUAAAACUGUUACCCAUUCUUGAUGAGGAUUUUACUGUUCAGUUGUGUUUCCCUUGCUCUAAGUGUUAUACAAAUGUGGGCUGAUCUAACUAUUGGUGUUUUGCCAUAGAUUGCUCGUGCUCUAGCAGUUUUCAGUAUAGAUGAAGUUGUCGUCUUUGACGAGUCAGGAAAAGCUAAGAUUGAAUCUAGCAGUGGAUUAAACCACAAAUCAGACCCCAAUAUUUUGCUGGCAAGGAUACUUCAAUAUCUGGAAUGUCCCCAGUACCUCAGAAAAGACUUCUUUCCAAAACACAGUGACUUGCAAUAUGCAGGUAAAUGGCAUAUGCAGUAUUAUAGGACUUCUUAAAGUCAAUGCCAUAUCUUCAAUUUAUUUCAGACGCUGUGGUAAAAGAACUCUUUUUUGCACAAUGUUUUUCUAAAUAUUUUUCUUUUGUUUCCUGUAUGAUGCAAAAUUUUCUUAUACAUUUAAUUAUUUUUAAAAAUAUUUUCAAGAGAGCCGGUGCACAGAAUGGACUUUGAUGCAUCUACCUAGCAUUUCUCUCUCUGUUUCACAAGGGAAUUGGAGACACUUUGGAAGGAGAAUCUAACAGCUUAUGGAAGUCGCUGAGGGUUUUUCCAUCCCUUCUUCUACCUUGCUUAUGGUUUUUAUUUAUGUUUUCUGUCUGCUGAUUAUUCCUUUUAAGUACACUUACAAUGUUACCUACUAGCACACUGUGUACUAUUUUUUUAACAUCAUAGUAAUAACUAGAUUUCAAUUUACUCUUUAGGAUUGUUAAAUCCUUUGGAUACUCCACAUCACAUGAAAGUGGAUGAUGAUAUGCCAUACAGGGAAGGAGUAGUUCUUGAACGACCAGCCAGGAAAGGUUAUGGUUCAUCUGUGAAUGUUGGAAUGAGAAAAGAAGUGAGAAUCGAUAGAACCAUUAAACCAGGUUUGAGAGUCACUGUCAAGAUGAAUAACACUUCAGGUGAGUGAACGUACACAAAUUUACCUGCUUCAAGUUUGUUUUUUUCCUUUAGUUUUUGUUUCAUAGUAGUAGGUUGAUGAAAAUUCUAUAUGUACACAACUAACCCUGAUGAAUAGUGCCUUGAUAAAAUCAUGGUCCUCUCAAACUUUUUAUCUGCUCUUAGGGUCUGAAAUGAUCUGAAGUUCAGGGCUGGGUUGUUCAAAGCUGGGUUAAGAUAACCCAGGGUUAGUGUGAAAUCUGGUUUCAGAUUUGAAAGCUGUAAAAGAAAAUUCAGUCCAAUUUUCUUCGUCUAUAAUUUGAUUAUUUGAUGCUCUAAAAAGAACAAAGAAAAUAGUCCCAAAAAGGCAUUUGAACAAAGAAAUAAACAAGCCCAAAUUUAAAUUUAAUCUUGAGUUAGUGCACUUAGUGAUUAGCUGGGCCCAGGGAGCUAACCAUUGGACCAUCUCAUCUUUAACUUUUUCUCUAAAAAAAUAAACAUUUAAUUUGAUUGAUUCUCUAAAGAGCUGGACAGACCAUGACAUGUAAGCUAGAACCGUCUAUGAAAAAUACACAUGCACCCUUACUUUGUGCUUUGCAGUCAUCUCAAUCAUAUGGCAAAUAAGCCAGAUCUGAAUUAAAGUAACACUGCAUAGAAACAUGUGUAGGAGGUACUCUUCACAUAAAUGUUGUGUUUGGUAUUUGAAUAAAAAAUUCAAAAAUGAGUAAGUACACUAAACAAGGGUGACAUUUUGUCUGUGUUUAUUUUUCUGCUAAAAAUUUAACAGGCACAAAGUUUUAUACUGGAACAGUGGUGUCUCCCAGUGCCCCCAGAACAGAGCAAGGCCUAUACUGGGGAUAUACUGUGAGACUGGCAACAUCUUUUGGAGCAGUGUUUACACAGAGUCCUUACAAAGAUGGUUAUGAUGUCACAAUAGGAACUUCAGAGAGGGGCACUAUGGUAGAUGAUCUAGUAUUGCCAAAUUUUAGGUACAUUUAUUGUGCAAAUUUGAUUUGUAAAAAAGUUAUUUUCAAUCAAACAUGAUUAUAUGUACAAUAACUACUGGUGGUUUGGAGAAACUGCAUUCCAGGACAGGAGAAAGAAUCACACUUUCACAAGAAUAAGAUGAAUGAUCAGUGACUUAAAAGGUUCUUGAUUUUUAAUUAGAUUCUCCUUCUCAGCAGCUUAGGAAAUCUGUAAAGAACGGUAUGAAGAAUAUGCAUACUGAUGUUAGGGUGUGAAGAGUUAAACUUUUGCCGAAAAUGACUGCAAGAAAAAUUACAACUAUAAUUUCCUAUAAUUACAUGGACCUAAUGCAUUCUUCUCCCAAAUAGCUAUUUCUGCUUUUAUGCAUGAGCUCAUUCUUUCGCAAAUCGAUUUAUUACUUGCCUUUUUUUCAGACAUUUAUUGGUAGUGUUUGGAGGAUUGAAGGGUUUGGAGACAAGUUUAGAAUCUGACGAAACUGUACCGGCGAACGAUCCAUCUCUGGUGUUUGAUCAUUAUGUGAACACUUGUCCUGGUCAGGGAAGUGGGACAAUACGAACAGAGGAAGCUAUUCUUGUCACGAUGUCUGCGUUGAGACCGAUCAUAGCAAAAGCAACUGCGUGGACACAAACUAUUGGGAAUUCGUUGUAAUGUGCAGUGGAGCUUCAAAUAAAUUUCGAUCAUUUGUUCCUCUGUUAUUUCCACCCUAUGAUGAAAAUCCCUAUUGAAAGUAGGUGUCCUUUUGUGUGUUGUCUCUCACCGCAUCUUUUCCUCUCGCUAUAUACGAUGGAGGAAGGCAUUCUUAAACAUAUUUUCACGACAGUGUCAUGUCACCAACAUCAUAAAUGAGACACUGUGGGUUUCUAACUGAGAGUCGUUAUGAGCUGAUUUUUAAACCAAAUGGCGCGAUUCGAGACUUUGACAAGCUGAAUUUCACUUUCAAUUUCCGCAAUUAUGUUGGAUAGCCCAGCAUUGGUGACUGAUAAACAGUUAACAAGUUACUCCUCAAAAUCAGCUGCAAUAAAGAUAUCCUUUUAGUUCCAAACCUCUUAAAUAAAAAAUUUCUAGCGUUUGCUGGAGGCUGUUGGAAUAUUGAAUUCUAGAGGAAAGAGAAAUCACCUGCAAAUAAACACAGAAUAAAACAAAAAACAACGUACAAUACAAGCAAGUGUAUGUGCUUUUUGAUCGGGUCGCGGACGUGG